UAUCAUAUAACUUAAAAAAAAAAAAAACCCCAAAUUGCACGAUAGAACUCAGCAGUUCUCUCUUACAUACUAUACUCUUCGAUCACCUCCCACCAUCCUAAUCGCUCCACCGCGAACCCAUUCUCUUAUCACCAGCGACCACCUUUGAUUGCCCGUGACCACCUUCGAUUGCCCGUGACCACCAUCGAUUAUCUGCGACAACCGACCCACUACACUGUACCCCUUCAAUCGUCAUCAUCCAAUUUCAAUCGUUUUCAUCUUUUCAAAUAUAACCCAACCUAGGUGGUUUCCUUUCUUGUUGAGUAAAGCUUGCUGUGAAGCCUGUGGAAAUCUUAAAGCAGCAUUUCUUAUAGCAGUGGAAAUUGAAGACAUUUAACAACUUCCAUCCAAAGAACUGGUUGAGUUUGCGUGUUUUUUUAAGUUAAUGGAGCAGCAAUAACUCCUGAGCCAUCUGAUGCUUCUCAAUCUCGAGCUUCACCACCAUAUCAAGAGAUAGCACCCCAGCAAUCAGCAACUCAUAAUGGAGGGGAUUCUGAUUCUACACUUUUGUGCACAAAACGGAAGCGUGGAAAGUCAAUUGGAAAAGGAACCCUUGAUUUGAUGUCAGCAAAUGGAGGGAAUAAAUUGAUUGUGGUUUGGGAUCCAGAUCAUUGGGUUCCUAGUGAUAAGACAGUUAGUAAAAAGUUCACUUCUGAAAUUGGAAUUACUAUUCGAGGUUAUGCUCCAGUAUGUUAUGGAGGGUGGUCUAAGAUAAAGCCUGAUACUAAGAGGAAAUUGAGGGAGAAGUUGGAGACCCUUUUUGAGGUUGAUCUCCAUCAUCCAAAAGUUCUUGCAUAUGUUGAUGGAAUAAUGGCUACAGCAUACACUCAGUUUAAAUGGAGAUUGCAUAAUCACUACAAGGAGAAUGGAACAUAUGAACGGGCACGAGCCAAGUUACCUGACCCAGACCUUUGGAAUAGUAGACCUCUAGAGCAUUGGCAUUGGUUGUGCGAUAAUCUUUAUAGCAAUGAGGGAUAUAUGGAGGUCUGUGCUACUAAUGCUCAAAACCGAGAUAAACAGGAAAGUACCCAUCGGGGUGGUGCAAUGCCAUUUAUUCAGCAUGCUUUGCAAGCAGCAAAGGAAGCUGGUCAGCCUGUAUCAUUUAUAAACAAUUAUGAAAACAUGUAUCAGGAUGCAGAGCAUAAGUGGGUUAGUGAAGCUAAACGAGUGAGACAUGAGAAAAUGAAGCAGAAGAGGGAAGAUAUCAAGGCAAAGCUCAUUGAAGAGGCACCAGAAGGUACUCCUAUUGAAUCAAUAGAAGUGGCUUUGAAUGACGAGAUUGCAAUUAUGGUUGAGGAGUGUGGGAGAAAAGGUGGCAAGGUUCAAGGUUUAGGUGCUUUCCCUCGCUUGGAUAUCUCGUCUUCUUCUUCUUCAAUGCCAAUAAAUUCUGAGUGGAAUGAGAUGAAAGGUAAUCUACAAAAGCUUACAUCCACUGUAAGUUGCUUGGAAUCUGAGAAUGCAAAGUUGAAAUCUAUGUUGAGAGCAAUAUUUAGCAAAUUGAAUGGGAGUGAUGACAUUAAUUGUGAUGCUGAUGAUAGCUCUGCUCAAGAAACUGAUGGUAUUGAAGGAAUUGAUCAUGACUUCUCUAAUGACUAGCUUGGUAUGGAGGGUUAGAAUGUCUUGGGUUUCAUGAAAUAUUUAGGAAUUAUCUUUCUCAUAUGUAGUUAAGGAACUACUUAGUCCUGAACAAUCGAUCCUAGGUUUUAUAUAUUUUGAAUCCUUUUGGAAUUGCAAUUACUAAACAGUAAUAUAUAUGUUGGUGACUAGCCUAAAUUUAAUAUAAUUUUGUGGGUUUUAU